CUCUUCUCGUUCUCGAUUUCCCCCUCGGCAGACAUGCCGGCGCGGGGAAAGGUCGCAAUGUUCAUGUAAUCCCCAAUUGAUUUCUAAGGGACAAUGACGUGCCCGGAAGCUGACUAGUAAUCGAAGCAGAGACUAUGUCUUGCUCAACUAUAUAUUUGCUACCUUCUUCGAACUCGGAGCUAACAUCGUUCCUAUACAGACAGACAAUUGCAUACAAUCAGAACGAGAUCUGACAACAGAUCAGAAUCAUACACAACAUCUCUAUACUUAUUGAACAUACGCAGCACAAUGGCGACAGCAGCACCACUUCAAGCCACUGCGGCACACAACCUUUCCCAAUCUGCACGAACUGAAGCAGCAUAUCAUGCGAAUGAGUCGGCAGACGACACAUAUAUACCCCGUGGUGAUACAGUUGUAACACUCAACUAUUUCCGCCCACCAGAAGAUGGCUCUGUCCCCUUCAACUUCGUCGAAAAGCAGCCCGAGGGUCAGCCACAACGCAAUUUCGGAGACUUUGACGUCCAAGUUCCCAUUACCGACAUUCGCGGCCGAGAAUCUGAAUACACACUUGACAAAGACGCUUUUGCUGUUGUAUCUGGCGUACCUGAGUCUGCUGAGCGUGAUUUCGUGGACGACGAAUCCAUUAAGAAGAACUAUUACCCAGAGGUCGAGAAGUUGCUACUUGACCAUGUGCCAGGGAGUAACAAGAUCUUCCUCUUCGACCACACCAUCCGCCGUUCAACCCCUGGUGCUCCUCGUGCUCCAGUAACUCGGGUACAUAUCGAUCAAACGAAAAAAUCGUCAACAUGGAGAGUAAAUCUGCACCUGCCUGAAGAGGCUGAGAAGCUGUUACAAGGUCGUUACAGGAUUAUCAACGUCUGGCGUCCUCUGAAUGGCCCAGUCCAAGCUAAUCCUUUAGGAUUCGCAAGCUCCUCAACACUUAAGGACGAAGAUUUGAUCCCUAUUGAACACAGAUAUCCACACAGGACCGGAGAGACUGCCGGUAUCAGAUACAAUGAUAGUCAAAAGUGGCACUAUCUCUCAGGCAUGAAAAACGAUGAGAGGCUGUUCUUGGAGUGUUUCGACAGCGAGGCAUCGAAAGAUGGAUCAAAUGUUCUUGGCGGUCGUGUGCCACAUACAGCUUUCCAAGACCCAAGGACUCCUGCAAAUGCAGUUGGACGUGAAUCUAUCGAGGUUAGAGCUUUGGUGUUUGGUCCAUGAAGCUUUUGAAGAUUGGGUAUGUAAUUAUAGCAAUCGUUUUGGGAUAUAGCAUUAGCAGGUUUGUUAAAUGAGUAAUGA